AUGAACCUCACUCCAGACGGAUCUUCUGUUAAUGGAGUCAGGCAGGACAUUCCGGCCAAUUCACAGCAAGGCCAAGCCGCACAGUCAAGGAGAGCGGGAAAAGGUCCAGCAACCUCAGUACCAAUGGCUGGGAUAGAUGGAUCGGAUGAUGAAGGGGAGCUGGAAGGAUCUAAUAUGGCUAGAAGGGAGCAAUUCGCCAUGAUCCGGAGACAGGAACCAGGCCCUCAUAUGAUGAGGUACCGGUACGAUUUUCCCCCUUUUGACUAUGAUCAGCCACGAUUGUGGAUCAGUAGAUGCGAAAGAUUUAUCUUGAUGUCACAUAUCCCUAAAAUUGAAGUUAUGCAUGUGCUCUAUGUCAACUUAACUGGUAGAGUAUGGCUGUGGUAUGAGGGGUAUUUGACUGGAAUUGAAGGUCCUUUUAUGUGGUCACACUUUGCUGAGGCAGUAUGUAGAAGGUUUGGAGAAGAUAGUGGAGCAGUUAUGGAAGAUUUCACUAUCCUUAGACACACAGGAGGAGUUUUAGACUUCACAGAUAAGUUUGAGGAAUUGAGAAGCCAGCUUGUCCAGAAACACCCCACACUCACUGAUUUAUACUUCCUAGAAGCUUACAUUGCUAGGCUCAAACCAAAGCUCAGAUGUUUUGUGAAAACCAUACAGCCUAAAACCCUAGCAGAUGCCAUGUGGUUUGCCAAACAGUUUGAGAAAGGGUUACAGUCCAAUGAGCCACCAAAACCAUCCUACCACUACAAUACCAGGCCAACCACAACAUUACCAACCCCAAAGCCAUACACUACUAGCCCUAAACCCACAAAUUCCCUGGGAUCUACAGCCUCCAAUAGCCUGAGUACCACUACUAAGAUGCCUGAAACUGCUAAGCUCAAGUCACAGUUGAGGGAGCAGAAUAAAUGCUUUAGAUGUUUUGAACCUUGGCAACCUGGCCAUAGGUGCAAGGGUUCCACUCUCCAUGUUAUUGAGGAAGGGGAAUUUCAUGAUGCCCCUGAGGAAUUAUUGGCAGAAGGUCAGGAACAAGGGCCUAUAGGAACACAGGAACAAGCUGAGGUUUCACUUUAUGCCAUGACGGGAGGGGAAAGAAUGAACACCAUCAAGCUACUUGGAUCCAUACACAAACAAACAGUGGUCAUCCUUGUGGAUAGUGGAAGUACACAUAGCUUCCUAGAUCCCAAACUCCUCACACAAUUAAGGAUAGAACCAGAAAGAACGCAGGUCCUCAAUGUGACAGUAGCUAAUGGAGAACAAAUGAGAUGUGAUACCAUUUGUAAGAAAUUGAGAUGGCAAAUUCAGAAGGAAGACUUUGAAAAGGACUUCAGAUUGUUAAAGCUGGGAGGGUGUGACAUGGUCCUUGGAAUGGACUGGAUAGACCAGUUUGCCCCCAUACAAUUACACACUAGGCCCUUGGGUAUAUCAUUCCACAAGGAAGGGAGGAGAGUGUUGCGGAAAGGAUUAACCAGGAAGCCACAUAAUUUGCAGGCAGCAACUAAAAGGGGCCUCAAGAAAUGGCAACAUUGUGGAGUACAAGGAUUCCUUGUGCAGUGUGAAGGGAUCAGUAGAAAAGAUGUUGAAAGCAGAUCCAGUACAUGUUAUAAGGUGGAAGUUCAAACAGAAUUCCCAGAACUAACUACAAUACUGGAUGAGUUCAAUGAAUUGUUUGAUGAACCACAGACAUUACCACCUAUAAGGGCUUAUGAUCAUGCAAUUCCCUUGAUUCCAGGAGCACAACCAGUAAACAUCAAACCAUACAGAUAUUCUUUUGACCAAAAGAAUGUGAUAGAGAAGAUGGUGGAAGAAAUGCUAGAAGUUGGGGUAAUUACUGAGAGUGUAUCAUCAUUCUCAUCUCCUGUUCUGUUGGUACCCAAGAAGGAUGGAACUUGGAGAUUUUGGGUUGAUUAUAGAGCUUUAAAUAACAUCACUGUGAAGAACAAAUAUCCUAUCCCAGUGGUAGAGGACCUUUUUUAUGAAUUAGCAGGCUCUAAAUACUUCUCUAAAUUGGAUCUGAGGGCAGGAUAUCACCAGGUGAGAAUGAAGGAAGGAGAAGAACACAAAACUGCUUUUAAGACUCACCAAGGCUUGUAUGAGUUUAGGGUCAUGCCUUUUGGCCUUACCAAUGCCCCAGCCACAUUCCAAGCGCUAAUGAACCACAUAUUCAAACCAUUACUGAGAAAAUUUGUCCUAGUUUUUUUUGAUGAUAUUCUGAUUUACAGUUCAGGACUGAAUGAGCACUGGAACAAUCUGAGGGAGGUAUUGAGUCUGAUGAGGGCACAUAAACUGCUAGCUAAGCUUAGCAAAUGCUCCUUUGCAAAGAAAGAAGUGGAGUAUUUGGGGCAUGUUAUAUCAGAACAAGGACUACACACAGAUCCUUCCAAGCUUAAGGCUGUUGCAGAGUGGCCAAAACCUGUAUCUAUCAAAGGACUGAGAGGGUUUCUAGGCCUAACUGGGUACUAUAGAAGAUUCAUUAAAUCAUAUGGGUGA